UCAAUAUGAUGCUGCACAGCAAUAAGUCGCGGGAACAGAACUUGCAGGAUGAUCUGGAGUGGUACCGGGCACUAGUGCGGAGCCUCCUGGAGGGUGAGCCCAGCAUCUCCCAGGAGGCCAUCACCUUCAGCAUGGAGUCGCUGUCCGCGCCCGCCCUGCGGGUCUUCCUCCAGGCCACACGUGAGGAGAGUCGCAUACUGCUCCAGGACCUGUCCUCCUCGGCACACCACCUGGCCAAUGCCAUGCUGGCGACCGAGUGUUUCCACGGCCUCUGGCGCAAGUGGAGGACCCACUUACACCGCCGCGGCUCCAAUCAGGGGCCCCGGGGCCUGGGCCAUAGCUGGCGGCGCAGGGACGGGCUUAGCGGGGACAAGAGCCAUGUCAACUGGUCCCCGCCUUAUCUGGAGUGCGAGAACGGGAGUUACAAGCCCGGGUGGCUGGUCACUCUCUCUGCUGCUUUCUACGGGUUGCAGCCUAACCUGGUCCCGGAAUUCAGGAAAUCAAGACUGAGGGUGUUCGAUUUCAGACGUGACCCUGACCUCAUAGAGCCUAAUUACAGCUUUGAGGAUGCAGUUGACUCCCCUUUCUUAUAUUCUGCCUGGAUGGAACCAGAGGUUCCCAAGACCAAAGUCAGGCAAAGGAGAAGCUUGAGGAAGAAGCCUUCUCAGGACUGGCAACCUCUGGAUCUAUAUAUAAACAUCUCCUUGGACACCUGGUACAGGAACACAUUAGUUUCCUGCAUUUUGCGGAAAGUGCAGCACAGCUGCCGGCCCCUGCGUCUGUUUUGUGGGAAGUUGCACAUCAGGAAUGUGGUGUUCAGCCAGACUGUGGAGAUCCUGGACUUGGUGCAACUGGAAUUUAUUCAAGAGCUGGACGUGUCUGAUUGCUUUGGGUUGUUCUCAGGUGAAAGCCAAUUUGCCAGACAAGUAGAACAAAUGAAAAACCUGCGCAAUCUCACGCUGCCUCAGCCCAUCUUUGAGACUACAGCUGUUCACAGGCUGCCGCCCUCCGAUGCUUUCAACUCUUUCCUCUCCCGCCUGAGCUCGCUGGGGCGCCUCCAGAUGCUCCGCCUGUCCUCUCCCCACCUCUCAGACCACCUGCACCGCCUUCUCAGAUACCUGUCUGAUGCCCUGGUGACCUUGGAGCUCCCCGCCUGUGCUCUUCUUAUUCGUGAUAUCUGCUGGCUGUCCCAGAGCCCUCAGGCCUCACAUCUGAAAAAAUUAGAUUUGAGCAAAAAUGACCUUUCCCAGAUGGUUCCAGGAGUGCUGGAGGCUCUUCUUAGGGAGGCCUCGGGCUUCCUGCAGGAACUGGUCCUGGACUACUGCAGCCUGAGGGAUCCGCACCUCGUGGGCCUCCUGCCGGCCCUGAGAUGCUGCUUCCUCCUCUACAGCCUCAGCCUCUCUGGCAACCGCAUCGCCACAUCCAUCCUGGAGAACCUGCUACAGCUCGUGGCCGAGCUGUCAGAGCUGAAGCUUGUGGUCUGCCCCUACCCUGUCGAGUGCUACGACUACCCAAAGAGCAGGGAGCUGGGUCAAAUCCAAGAACGGUGGUCUAGCUCCAUUGAAGCCAUGGUUCAGGACAUGCUCUGGGCCUUGGGGCAGGAGAGUCUGGAGUGGACCUUUACCUCAGAAACCUCUUUCUGAUGCCUGGGCUGCCAACCACUCUCAGUGAUCUAGUGUCUUUCAGAUCAUCCUGCUCCCCCAGCUCAAAUCUCACAGUCCAUUAGCUCACUUCACUCAAUAGUUGUUAUGUACAGGGUGAGUGCCAAGCACUUUUCUAGCAGCUGCAGAUAAAAGGACAGUAAGAUCUAUUUUUCUCAGGGAACUACUGGUCUACUUGGUCCUUCUGAUCUACAAACCCAUUUCCCACCUUUGUCUGCAGAAACCACUACUCUCCCUGGCAGUAUGAAACUGGACAAACUAUUAGGCUCUUUAUUUGUGAAUUUAUCCAUAUGUAAAAUGGGGGUGAGUGCCUGAGGUCAGUGGGAAGAUCAAGGGUGAAGAUCUGUAAAGUGCUGAACUGCAGACAUGUGUGUAUCACUGAGCCACAGGUGUGUAUGGGGCUCUGUUCCACACUGGAGGUCCAGCGAUGGACAAGAUACACAUGGUCUCCCACAGGCCUUCCAGCUGUCUAGAAAAGACUAAUAAUAAUCAAGCCAAAAAAUAAACAAGGUAGUUCAGGCAGCCUUAGGUGUUCUGUAAACCUCAGAACUGUUAGAGUCGGGGUAGGGGGUUCAGAGUCUCUAGUAAGACAGUUGGGGAGGGUUCUUGAUGAUGGGAAGAUAAGCAGGGGACACUCCUGGUGAAAGGCAGUGGAAAGGAGCAGCAGCAAAGGCAAUGAUCGAGAGGCAGGAAGUGGCUGGGGUGUUCAAGGAAAAGGAGGAAGUUCACCGUGGCUGUGGUGUGGUGAAUGAUGGAGUCUGGUACUUCAGGUCCAGCAGGACCAUGAAGCCAGCCCUUUUAACAAUAAAUCAACUGAUGUCCACUCACUCCCUGGACGCUGAAUGCUCAGGGCUUCUUAAACGGGGAUUUCCCACCCAGAGUUCAUGGCUUUUCCAGUAACUCACAACAUGGCCUUGUGCACCUCACUUAAUUCAAGAAAUACUGCCUGAGUUCUGACUGAGUGCUGGACACUCUCCUAUAAGUGGGGCACCCAGCAGCGAACAGGACGGACAGGUCCCAAUAGCUUAUGUUCCAGUUGAGAGAGAGUCAACAAUGUCAAACUCUCAAACACUAGUAAGUGCGCUAAUGAAAAGACAGACAUAAAGGGAUGGAGGGAGGUAGGGUGAGGGGUGCAGGGGCAAGUUAUGUUCAAAUCUGUUGCCCAGUUUUAAAAUUGGGCUGCUUGUUUUAUUGUUGGGUUUUGAGAGUUUCUUAUAUAUUCUGUGCACCAGUCCUUUAUCAGAUAUAUGCUUGGCAGAGAUUUUCUACCAUUCUGUGACUUUGUCUUUUCACUCUCUCAGCAAUCUUACUUUGAAGAGCAGACAUUUUUAAAUUUUGACAAAGUACAGUUUAUCAGUCUGCUCUUUUAGGAAUCAUGUUUUUGCUGUUGUAUCAAAAAAAUCGUUGCUUAAUCCAAUGUCACAAAAUUUUCCUCCUGUGUUUUCUUCUAGAAGUUUAUAUUUUUAAAAUUUUAAAAUUUACAUUUAAGUGUACGACAUAUUUUAAGUUUUGUGUGUGAUGAAAGGGAUGGAACCAAGUUCCUUUUUAGAAAAAAAGAAAUAUAUGGUUUUCUGGUUGUUCCAGCACCAUCUGUUGAGUAUCCUUUUCUCCACAGCAUUGCUUUCACACCUUUUAAAAUAUUAGUUGUCCAUAUAUAGUUGGAUUUACUUCUCGACUCUCAAUUCUGUUCCACUGAUCUAUUUAUGUGAGCUGAAGAACCACACUGUUUUGAUUACUGUAGUUUGAAAUUAAUUGUUUAGAAAGGUUAGUGUUAGCCCUCCAACUUUGUUUGGCUUUUUCAAGAUUGUUUUGGCUAUUGCAGGUCUUCUGCAUUUCCUUCUGAAUUUUAGAAUCACCUUGUCAGUAUCUACAAAAGAUCUUGCUGGGACUGAAUUUCACUGAGGUUGCAUUGAAUUUGUAGAUCAAUUUGGAGAGAAUGAACAUCUUAAUAUCAAGUCUUCUGAUGUAUGAACAAAGUAUAUAUCUCCAUUUAUUGAGGUCUUUUAACUCUCUCUUGAGUAUUUUGUCAGGCUUAGUGUAUUUUAAAUGAAGUAAAUAAUUCACAUGACCGUAGGUGGGGUUUUAGUCUGACAAGCUUUCGCAUGUACUGUUCUGAGUCUUUAUGGCUGUAACAGUGAUGAUCAAUGUCGUAACAGUGAUGAUCAAUGUCUUAACAGCAACAGUGAGCACAGAUCCUGAUUUUCCUAGGAUAGUCAGAUUUCAUUCUUACCAUCCCAAAAUAAUUGCUUAAAAGAAUCUCUUUCACUCCCAAAAGCAUCCUAGUUUGGAAGCUAAAUUAUGUGAUACCCAUAAUUACAGCUAAAUCUUAGUGAGGUCUUUUUAUCUGCUAAGCAUUUUUCUAAGUGAUUUAUUAUGUUAAUCUACACAACAAACUUGGAGAUGGUGUGAGAGGAGAAAAUAAGUUGUAUUUUUUAAAGUAGAAAUCUUAAUUCCUUUGAUUUUACUUUUUUAAUUUUAACUUUCUUUUUAUUAGCCUAAUAUUUGUUUCAGUCCAAGCAGAUGGACAGCUUUUGCUCAGUGAAAUGCAAAUCAAAACCAGGCAAUACCACUUCAUACCCAUUAGGAUGGCUACAAUUAAAAAAAAAAAACUUUUAAAAAAUAACAAGAGUUGGUGGAGA